GUAUCACUUUAGCUGUUAUGGCGUACAUUUACGCUAAUAAUUUAGAUAUCAAAGUCGCAAUAAUGGUACAUUACGCUAAGCAUUUGUAUUGUCAUAGCUCAAUUUCAUUCGCUCCACGCUAGCCCCUGUUCCUCGAUUUUUAAUCUCUUUAAUCUUCGCCACUUGUACGUCCUUGUUACCGAAAGUAUUUUCAGGUAGAAAAGUAGAUCAGGUUCGAAAGCUUCAUAGAAACUAUGAACGGGGGGCUCUUUAACGUCUCUUGGUGCACGUACACGUACACAUAUAAUGGGCUUAAACCAAUUCCGGCUCGCUCGUACAAAGUACUCGCACGGAGCCGUCUGUACCACCCACUUAAAGCAUCGUGCUUCUCGGCGUGGCAGCAACAGCGGUACCAGCUACAUCAGAGAUUGCGAGAGCAGCUCCCAGUUAAUAGCAUUGCGGCGAUGCUGAAAGGCGGCAUAUCGAUGUCUACGUAUUGUACAAAGACCUUGUCCCAACGAUAUCCGGACUCUCGCGGUUGUACUCUUCGAGGAGGCUGCGAUAUUAUGCUACUCAUGACGGCUUUGUUGAUCGUAAUCAUAAUCUCUGACUAUCGAGAUGUGUCUAACGAAGGAUUGAACGCUGCUCGCCAAUGACCAAGAAGCUGCUUCCCAUUGAACGAACGCGAUUCUCGAGACGGUGGUUCUGGAUUUAAUCGUUCUUUCAAGUACGCUACUGAUUUAUACAUAUGCUCGCGCAUGGCGAAUGAAAUUCUCGACGUGAUUAUUAUUGCUUCAGAACAUGGCUUGAUUCGAUAUGGCAUGGUAUUAUGGUCGAUUAUGGUGCCUGAUCGUAGACGAAACACGAUAUCUUACGAAGGUUUACGAAAGAGACUGCUUAGUGCCUGUAGACGAUACUUGACCUAAAUAAAACGCUACUUCGACGUGACCAGUUUGAGUUCUUUGCGUGAGAUUUGCCGUUCGAGAACUGUGCUACGUAUUUAUUUAACUUAUUCCGUUCGCAUUAGAAAA